GCCCUUCUUUCUCUUUCCCUCCCGCCUCUGACCUGAAGAGAGAAAAAAAAUAUCCUGGACCGGACCUCCAAUUCCUCUUCUCGCAACUCCAUCACCGCAUUUGCAUCAGCAUCAGCAUCAUAGCCCGUCUUCUCUCUGAAGCCAUCGCCAGCCCCGUCCUUGGAGUUUGCUCAGCCGUGGUCUUUGUGCCUCUUUUUAUCUCUUAAUCAUUCUUCGUGAUACCCCCCUGUGAAUUUGUUUGUCAGCCAAACCAACUCCGAAAAUGCGAUCCUCUGCCAUCUUCGUCGCCAUUGCCGCUACUGCGGUGUCGGCUCAGACUGUUCCGACCUACAAGAGCUCUCUGAACAUGACCAUUGACCCUAACUCUGUUCCCCAGCAGCAGCGAGCUGUUUGGUGCCAGGGCCAGACCAACACUUGCCAGGUCCUUUGCGACAACAACACUGACCUGAACGACUGCAACCAGGCUCAACUCACCUUCGACUGCACAUGCGCUGCCAACAACUCGGCUCCUGGUCUCCAGUAUUACACCCAGACUCUGCCCACCUUCAUCUGCCAGCAGCUCUUCUCCAACUGCAUCCAAGCCAACGCUGGCAACGCAGAUGGCCAGGACCAGUGCAAGAGCAACAUCCAGAAGCUUUGCGCCACCCACAACCCUCCCACCAUUGCCGAGAUUAGCAGCUUGGCCGAUGCUUCCACUGCUGCCACAACCGCCGCCACCACCUCUGCUGCCAGCCAUGCCGCCACCACCUCUGCCGACAAGACUGCUAGCAGCUCUGCCCAGUCGACAACCUCCAAAGCCCUUGCCGCUGCUACCAUGGGCCCUGUUGGAGCCGGUGCCUUUGCCAUGGCCGCCGCUGGUCUCGCCGCUUAUGCCCUCUAGAUGAGCUGAGCGAUUCAGUCCGAGCUGCUGGUUUUGUCUGGCGACCCAGUCCGCGGUAAUGGUGCGUACUCUAGGAAGGAAAGAAAAGGGGCACUGGGUCAAUGCUUGGACGAGGGGCCUCGCUUCUCCAUGAACCACUUUGUUAUCUAGUACACUUUGUUUGUUUGAUAUCACCCCCCCUUAACGAAACCCAAGACGACGAAUAUGAUCGAGGGCAUAAUGAUGGUUGUGUGUUUGUUCCCCCCCCUUCGAGUUUUAGUUUUUGCGUUUACAAGGUUACAUGCCGUGGUUAUGCCUGCCACUUGGCCACCUUUGCAUUUAAUCUGUUGAAGGCGUAGCAAGGGUAGUCGCCGCGUCGACUCGGAGGGGAAGAGUCUUUUCAUUUUUUUUUCUUUUUCACAUGGCAGAGGCGAAGGGGAGUAGUUGUUUUGAGGCAUAACAAAAUGCUAAAAGUCGUUUGACAAAAGAU